AUAAAUAGGAACACCUUCUGUGUGGAGUGUGAUCUGGGUGUGACAUCAGCACUCUUACAGGGGAUAUAAGCAGGCAGCCCUGACAGCAUCUUCAUCUGUUUCUGUAAAGGACUCAUCAGAGCCACAACUCAAAGACAUCUCAGAAAUACAGCUGUGACAACACACAGUGUUGCUUCCAGCUGCUGUUGCUUUUCCUGACCCUGAGCCUACCCUGUGAGUGCUGGCCGUCAGAGCGCACAGGAAUGAAACUGUUUGCCACUUGCUGCUCUCUCCUGCUGCUGCUCUGUCUGGCUUUUCCCAAGACUGAGUGCAGAUACCUGGAGCGAUCCAUGGAGAUCAGAAACACUGAUGUCCUGUCCCGCUGCUCUCCCUCAGAUCCUGACAUUGACGCCUCCUGGUACACAGGACGAGGGAUCAGGCCGGUCGGGAGAUUUGGCCGGAGAGUGUCGGACAGUCGCCGGGGGUCUGGAUACGGCUCUCGCCGGCUGUGCAUCCCCAUUGAGGAAAACGACGACUCUGCUGCAGACGAAUAGAGCUUCUCCAGCUCUGCAGCUUUUAAGAUUUUCUCCCUGCUUUAUUUCUUUUGUUGUUAGGUUUCUAUUGCCAGUGGUGUCAUAUCUGUGAUUAAAAUGUGUACAUACAAAAACCAAAGAUGGGUGCUUAUUGUAAAUCUUAAAAAAAGGCCAACCCUAGACCCCGUUUAAUGAUUUUUAAAUGACUUUUUGAACCUGUAAAUACUGCACUGGGAAAGCAAACAAAAUGUUCAAGUAAAACACUAGGAUUCUGAAUGACUGUGAAAUUCGAUUUCCUAAAUUGCUUGUUUGCUUUUGUAUUUUUUCACCCAAUACAGACUAAAGUUUCAAAUGAAAUCCAAAGCAUCGAUAAACAGAAGUCAGUGUAAUUUUCUGCCUUUUUUCUCUGCAUUAUUGUUUUUUUUUCAACACUAAUGACACCUAUCAAACCAUUUAAGAAACAGUUUCGGCUUGCACAAAUAGAUUCACAUGUUUUGGCUAAUAAACUGCAUUUCUGUCAUGGCAUUUGAGACUUUGCAGAUUGUAAAAUAUUGACAGUUUAAAUGUUGUUUAAACUUCAGGACAUAAAUUAAAAACCCAUUAUGCUAAGGAGUUAUUCCUUAGUGAUAAAACAGAUUCUCUUGUUAACAGUUUGGUAUAAGGAAAUGUAUUCUCAAGGGCUCUUAAGGUGACUCUUCAUCACAUAGUCGAUCCAUUGGAAAUACAUUAACAAUAUUUUUUGGCGAGGGUAUUCUGUUUUAGUAUAGUCUAUUCUGUUUUAGUUUAGUAUAAAAUGAUGUUGUAAUACAUAAAAUGUACUUGCAGUG